CGAUUCUGCAUUUGUUUGGAAGUAUGCAUUGUGAGCUUCCGACGCUUGUGGGCGCGACGCCACGGAAUUUUUGGUAGCAAUGACGUGAGGCACCCACACGUCGACCAUGUCGUGUUGCUUGCCGCGCGCGCACAUUUUAUGGAAAAGUGAAUGCGCUUGAGAAAAUUCAGAAAUUGAAAACGAAACGUGCAGUAAAGUGAAAUUUUUGCUUGUUUUUUUUUUAAGUGUAUGGGUGUGUGUACCAAAGUAUUUACCAAGCAAAUAAUCCACGCGCCAUUAAUAUACAAAAUGCCGCAACCUCAGCGCUCGCGCUGACAUAUUGGUUUGGCCUAUACUUUUCUAUAUAUUCCGAUUAAUUUUGUGGUUUAGUGUUGUUCAUGUUUUAUUUUUCACUUCUCCGACACAUUUGUCGAACUAAAAAUAGCGCGGAACAUCUCAUCAAAAUUCGAAUUAAUAUAAAGCAUGUGCUACAUUUACAAGUCGAACGCGCUCGCGUUUCUACUUUCGUGCAAGAGGCGUCCGAAUGAAAGUCCUCAGAAGAGCUGCGCCGCUUGUCGGUUUAGUACUCUCGCUUUUGCGCGUCUAAACUGAAUGGGUUACAAAGGCUGCGCGCUGAACAACUUUGGUGGAUAAAUAGCAAAUAUUUACAAAUACCCGCGUACAUAUGUACCGAUAAUCGUGUGAAGAUUUCGCAAGUAGUGCAAUGAUAUCAACAGUAUCGUGUUGGGUCUGCGCAGAUUUUUUUAUACAAAAAUAAAGGAUUUAUUAAAAUUUUGAUUUUAUAGCUUGUAAAAAACCACCGAAUACAAUAGUUUGUAUCCGUAGUGAUAAGAACCACCCUACCACAUAAACCAAUAUACUUAUAUUGGUUAUAACGACAAUAAUAAUCAAUAAAUUAGUCGCAGAGAUAGCAAAAAAAGCACACACAUGAAUUAUUAAAAAAACAUUGUCUGAAGCACCAACACGAGUAAUCACAACAAAAGCAAAAGACAACGAGCCUAAACACACAACAAACACAAACGCAUUGAACCAAGAAAGCCAGCGAUAAUUAAAUAGUAAUGUCCGUGAGAAAACUGUCAGCUUUGCUUUUGUUGCAAUGAACAAAGUUGCUUAAGAACCACAAGUGACAAGCAGACAGUUGAAAAAAGAAAGCUUAACAAGCGUGCGUUCGACCAGUUAAGCAGCAACGGCGCACGCGAUACGUAGCAUAUGCACAGGUGCUUGUGCCACAAAAAUCAAAGGCGCACUAAGCAAUCGGUUGAGUGAAGUGUUGCCAAAUAAUAUAAUUUUUUUGUGAAGAACUUUUGAAAAAAUCAUAAUUAUUAAUGUGUGCUAGUGAAAUAAGUUAAUCGGUGAAGAAAUGCUGUCGGGCAAUGGCAAUCAAGCGCAGUAUGCGUACUUUCUGCUGUCGGGCGCAGUGGCAUUGACCAUCAUUAUACUCGCCUAUGUGUCAGUGCGCACAACACUCGACUCCAAAUUGCGUGAAGAUCUGAGUUCGCUACAACAGUCCUACAUUUAUAUAAAACCAUCAUGGGGAUACAACAACUCUUGGCGGCAAAUAGGCAGCAAAGCAAACCACCUGAUUUAUUCAGCAUACUUUGAUGAUCGAUUGGAUGUGCUCGAAACAAUAAACGACCACAACACGAAGGUACCAAUAGGCUCUUUACGUAUUAUCGCCAUUUUACCACGAGAAUGCAAGGAGGCCAUAACUUGCACCAUCAGAUUCGAGGACUUCAUUGAUAAAAGCAUCCCAAUUGGAAAAGUACAAUCAUUGAAGGAACAUCAUGACUACAAGUACGCGGCUUACUCCAUCAUGUGCCCACUCUAUGUAAAUCGGAACAGCACUACAAUUCAUCUGCCGCAAUCGGUCGCGAUUUCGUAUCCCUCCAACAGGCUGAGCCAACUGAGUCCGUCAUUUGUACCGAUCAACUAUCCACGCGAUGUGGACCAAUUGUUCGCCAUGUCACGUCCUGUGGUCUCGGUGUGCGUCGGGCCGCUGCAACAAAACUACUCGGAUGUGCUGCGCAUUGCUGAAUUCGUCGAAAUGUAUCGCAUACUCGGCGCUCGACACUUUUACUUCUAUCAUCUCUCCGCUAGCGAGGAAGUGAUGCGUCUUUUACGACACUACCAAAGUGAAGGCGUUGUCGAUGUGCUGCAAUGGAAUGUGCCCGCCGAGCUACUAACACAGGUGCAUUACGCGGGCAUCAUGGCGCAAAUCAACGACUGUGUCUAUCGCGCCAUGAUUGUGGACAACUAUCGAUAUGCGGCUAUUGUUGAUCUGGACGAGAUACUCAUACCGUUGAAACACAAUUCGCUGGCUAUUUUUCUACGGCAAUGCGAUGAGGGACGUACCUCGGCGUACGUCUUUCGUAAUGUGUUCUUCUAUAAUCUCGACAGUAACGACAGCUUCAGUCUGCCGGCUCACACGCAUAAUCGUUUCCUUUACUCGCAAAUGAAAGUGCGUCGCACUUUGGAGGUGAUGCCGACGCAUCAGCGCAGCAAAUGCAUUGUGAAUACACAGUCCAUUAUCGAAAUGGGUAAUCAUUUUGUGUGGCGCAAUGUGCCCGGUUACACAGAGACGACAAUGCCUCUAAGUGUGGGCCUACUUUUCCACUAUCGCGAUCAGUGCAUCAAUUGCAAGGCUCCACUGAUGGUCGAUUAUACGGCACGUCGGUUCGGUUCGUUGAUUUGGGAUCGCGUGGACGAGACUUGCGGCCAAGUGUUUACCGAAAGUGGCUUAUGUCCGAAGUAGGCAGUUUAAAUGUACAUGCCAACACAAACAAAUGGAAGACUUUACAAAAUUUAGUGUUCUUAGCUCUAAGUGAGUAGAUCAAUUAAGUUCGUAUAUUUUAGUCAGUUUUAUAUACAAAUAUUAGGAGUUAAGGAUAAUAGUGUAUAAAGAAAUAUUUAUGUAUUAAAUAGUAGAAAAAUAUAUAGAAAUAAAAAAA